CCAUAAUGCAAGGCACCGAAACUGUUUACAUACCUUUCCAAGUGCCUGCUGGUUGGAAAGGUAAUCUUGUUACUGAAAAUGACCGUCAUGACGAACGAUAUCAUAAGGGAGAAAGAGGUGGUCGACGCCAACAUUAUCAUGGAAAGAAACACUGGGAGAAGAGUGGUGGUGAUGAUGGAAAAUGGUUGUAUGAGAAGCAGCACCACAACCAUAAAAAUUACCACUAGGGAUGAUGUUCUGCUACUGCAUUCUC